AUACGUGUUGUACGAGUGUUUUAUAGAUGUCGGACGCCGAUUAAAGGAGUGUCAAAGUAAAGAAAAAAUUAAGUUUUUUUGACACCGGUUUGAGCUAUCUGACACGUGUCGUACGAGUGUCGGACACCGCGAACAUGUCUAAUCAUAGAGGUGUUGUUAGUGCUUCAUAAUCAUAGCUAUAUAUAACCUCAUGAUUAGUCCCUUGCCUCAUAUCUCAUCCAUUUACUAAGAAAAAUGGUGAAUCUAUUUUCUUGUCUCUUUCUUUUUUCGCUCUCACUGCAUUGUUUCGUGGCUUGCUUAGCUGCAAAUAAAAAAAACAUUACCACAGAUGAAUUUGCUCUUCUUGCAUUCAAAUCCCUUAUUACUUCAGACCCUUAUCAUAUAUUGGCUAAUAAUUGGUCAACUUCAUCUUCGGUAUGUACUUGGGUUGGUGUAAGUUGUGAUGAGAUACACAAUAGAGUUCACGGUCUUAAUUUCCGAGACAUGAAUCUUAGAGGUACCAUUUCUCCAAGCUUGGGGAAUAUGUCAUUUCUUGUUUUUCUUGAAUUUCGCAACAAUAGCUUCGGUGGUGAGUUACCUAAAGAGAUAUGUCGGUUGCACAGAUUAAAGAUUCUUGAUUUAACCUAUAACAAGUUUGUUGGAGGAAUUCCUGCAAUGUUGGGCAACUUAUCACAACUUCAUAUUUUAUCAAUUGACAGUAACAAUUUCAGUGGUUUGAUCCCUCAAUCUAUCGGCAACUUUCAUCGGUUAAAAUUAUUGUAUCUUGGUAAUAACGCGUUGUUUGGACCCAUACUUCAAAGAAUUUCAAACCUGUCUUCACUUGAAGAAAUCAGUUUAUAUCAAAACUACUUUUCAGGUCCGAUACCAGAAGAGAUUGGCUUUGGCUAUGUUAAUCAACUUGAGUUUCUAGAUUGGUCAUUUAAUAGAUUUAGUGGAUCUAUUCCUUCCAAACUCCUCAACAUGUCAUCAUUGAUAAACUUGUAUCUUGAAAACAAUAAUUUGUCAGGCAUAAUUCCAUCAAAUAUGGGAUAUAGCCUUCCUAACUUGCAAUAUCUACACUUGAAUGACAACAAUUUUGUUGGAAAUAUUCCAAAUACAAUAUUCAAUUCUUCUAAGCUCAUUCAAUUUCAAUUAAAUAACAAUGCAUUCAAUGGAACUCUGCCCAAUAAUGCUUUUGGAAAUUUAAGGUUCCUCGAAACAAUUCACAUAGUUAACAACAAUUUGACAAUAGAUGAUUCUCUUCAAUUUUUUACUUCCUUGUCAAAUUGUAGAUAUUUAAAAUAUCUAGAACUAUCAUUGAAUCCUAUACUUUCCAGUCUUCCUAAAUCUAUUGGAAACUUAACUUGCAACGAAUUUCGGGCAGAUUCAUGUGGAAUUGUUGGUAAUAUUCCCUUAGAAGUUGGAAACAUGAGUGAAUUAUUACGUUUUUCUGUAUAUGAUAAUAAUAUAAAUGGACCAAUACCUGCUACAUUCAAAGGGUUACAAAAACUUCAGGAAUUGGAUCUUGGAAUCAAUGGACUAGAAGGAUCAUUUAUUGAGGAGAUUUGUAAAAUUGAGAGGUUGAGUGAGUUGUAUCUAGACAACAACAAGCUCUCUGGUGUUUUACCGACAUGUUUGGAAAAUAUGACUUUUCUUAAACAGCUAUACAUAGGAUCUAAUAGUUUCAACUCUAGCAGCAUACCUUCCUCUCUUUGGAGUCUUACAGAUAUCUUAGUGGUAGAUUUGUCCUCUAAUGCAUUCAUUGGUAAUCUUCCACUUGAGAUUGGAAAUUUGAGAGCAAUUGUAAUAUUAGAUCUAUCAAGAAAUCAUAUUUCAGGCAACAUUCCUGCAACCAUCAGUUCUGUAAUAACUUUGCAGAAUCUCUCCUUAGCACAUAACAAACUGAUGGGAUCAAUUCCCGCAUCACUUGGUAAAAUGGUAAGCUUGAUAUCCUUGGACUUGUCCCAAAAUAUGCUAACAGGUGUUAUUCCAAAAUCCUUAGAAUCACUUUUGUAUCUUCAAAACAUCAACUUGUCAUAUAAUAGAUUACAAGGAGAGAUUCCUGAUGGUGGACCAUUCAAAAAGUUCACAGCUCAGUCAUUUAAGCAUAAUGAAGCACUGUGUGGAAAUCCUCGCCUCCAAGUACCUCGGUGUGGUAAACAAGUUAAGAAAAGGUCAAUUUCAAAGAAGUUAUUACUCAAAUGCCUAAUUCCUAUACUUGUGUCGACCUUUUUGCUUGUUGCAUGCAUUAUACUUGUAAAACAUAAUAAAAGGAAAAAAGUUGAAAAUACUCCUGAAAGGGGUUUAUCAACUUUAGGAGCUCCAAGAAGAAUAUCCUAUUAUGAACUUGUGCAAGCAACUAAUGGAUUCAAUGAGAGUAACUUACUUGGAAAUGGGGGAUUUGGCUCUGUGUAUCAGGGGAAGCUUCCUGAUGGUGAGAUGAUUGCAGUUAAAGUAAUUGAUUUGCAGUCAGAGGCAAAAUCAAGGAGCUUUGAUGCAGAAUGCAAUGCAAUGAAAGAACUACGACAUCGAAAUCUGGUUAAGAUUAUCAGUAGUUGUUCAAAUCUUGAUUUCAAAUCAUUGGUGAUGGAGUUCAUGUCAAAUGGAAGUGUGGACAAAUGGUUAUAUUCACAUAACUAUUGUUUAAAUUUCUUACAAAGAUUAAAUAUAAUGAUUGAUGUUGCAUCUGCAUUGGAAUAUCUCCAUCAUGGUUCUUCAAUACCUGUGGUUCACUGUGAUCUAAAGCCUACUAAUGUGUUGUUAGAUGAAAAUAUGGUUGCACAUGUUAGUGAUUUCGGUAUUGCCAAACUCAUGGAUGAAGGACAAUCUAAAACACAUACUGAGACUUUGGCUACUAUUGGAUACCUUGCACCAGAGUAUGGAUCUAGUGGGAUUGUUUCUGUCAAAGGAGAUGUGUACAGCUAUGGCAUUAUGCUAAUGGAAAUCUUCACAGGAAAAAAACCAACAGAUGAUAUGUUUGUUGCAGAGCUAAGUUUGAAAACAUGGAUCAGUGGAUCGUUGCCUAAUUCAAUUAUGGAGGUCUUGGAUUCUAAUUUAGUCCAACAGAAUGGGGAACAAAUUGAUGACAUACUAACUUACAUGUCAUCUAUUUUUAGUUUAGCCAUGAAUUGUUGCGAGGAUUCACCUGAAGCAAGAAUGAAUAUGGCAGAUGUUACUGCGUCGCUAAUCAAAAUCAAGACUUCGGUUCUUGGUGCAAAUAGGUUCUAGUUAUUUUCAUUCCUACAAGUGGAGUUUAUUUACUUUUGUAAUGUUUGUGUGGGAUAUAUGUUUUCAACAUAUUGUUUUUGGAUUGAUGUCUCGCUGCUUCGGGUUUGUGGUCUCAAUUUUCUUCGUUGUUGUAUGAGAUUGAAGUACAUUAUUUUCUUAAUCUAUUUCCUUUUGUUUCAAAAGAAUCGACUGGUGAGUGGUGAAUAAGGAUAUCAUUGCACAAGUAUAUACAUCAGGUUUGUUUGAGGGUCAGGUCUGAAACCCAUGUAUGUGUAUCCCAUUUAAGUCACAAAAACGAUUUGUUUGUUUUUUCACCUGAUACAAAUGAGGCCAGUUGUGUUUGUUUUGCAAAAUGUUUGUGUCUAAUAUCUGAUGGUUAUAAAGUGUUUUCUUUGAGUAGCUCAAUCACUAAGUUCAUUCUUCUGUCAAGAAGUGGAGGAUUUAACAAUGCAUAUGUUCUAUUUUUUCUUUCAAAAAAUAUUAGUAAUGUUGAUUCCGAUCAA